AUGGAUGCUGCUCUCAGUCCACAGCCUGACUCCACCGUCAUGGCGGCCGGUUGCGAGGAGGCGGCCAACAUCACCAGCAUGGCGGCACAAAUUCGAAACUGCCAGAAUUUGCCGACUGUGCAAGGCGACAACGAGAUCGUGACUUUGUUGCGGGGCAUUGCUGAACGACUCGAUCGCAUCGACAACAAUAUUGGGCAGCUUAACGCCAGAGUUGACAGCCUCGAGGACUGCAUGGACCGCCUCGAGGACCGCAUGGACCGCCUCGGGGACCGCAUGGACCGCCUGGAGGACCGCGUGGAGCGCCUGGAGGACGAGGACCGCGUGGAGCGCCUGGAGGACCGCGUGGAGAGCGGGUUUCGUCGUGUCGAGGUGCAGCUGCUAAAUCAACAAGUGCGCCUCGAGAACAGCCACAUCAUCGCUAGCAGCCUCGAUGAGGACCUCACGCCGCUCUAUUCGUUAACGGCCGAUGCCCAGCUACAAGUUAUCCCGCACUUCCCCUCCCGCAUCGACGACAUCAGCCAGAUGGACGGUGGACGAGUCAACGAGUUGCUCCGCCAUUUGGAGCAGGGUACUACCGGGACCCUAGCCCAGCGCAGGACAAGGCUUAAGAGAGCGGUAGGGGGGUUCAUUCGCUACACUACCUCGGCUGCCUAA